AUGUAUCGCUCUCUCCUUCGUCUUUCUGCUCCUCUUCCUUUUCAAAGAUACCCUGCUCCUACUCGGCUUUUUAGGAUUGUUACUCGCAACAUGUCUGGUCUUUCGGUUGAGCUUACGGCACCUAAUGGUGUCAAGUACACACAACCUACUGGUCUGUUCAUCAACAAUGAAUGGGUAAAGUCCUCAAAAGGCUCCAAGAUUUCUAGCAUCAACCCCAGUGACGAGAGCGAGAUUUGCUCGGUCGAAGCCGGAGAUGCAGAAGACAUCAACAAGGCCGUCGCCGCAGCCAGAAAGGCAUUCAAGGGAGAAUGGAGAGAAAUUGCCAGCACAGAAAGAGGAGAGCUCAUGAUCAAGUUGGCGAACUUGAUUGAACAACACAAAGAAACCCUCGCAACAAUUGAGACAUGGGACAACGGUAAGCCGUACUCUGUCGCACUCAACGAAGAUCUGGGCGAGGUCAUCGGCACACUCAAGUACUACGCCGGAUACGCAGACAAGAUCCACGGACAAGUUAUCGACACCACACCCGCCAAGUUGGCCUACACAAUCCGCGAGCCCAUUGGUGUCUGCGCUCAAAUCAUCCCUUGGAACUAUCCUCUUGCCAUGGCAGCAUGGAAGCUUGGUCCCGCUCUUGCUGCUGGAAACACCAUUGUCCUCAAGCCCGCCGAACAAACUCCUCUCGCUAUUCUUUAUCUCGCCAACUUGAUCAAGGAGGCUGGUUUCCCACCAGGUGUUGUCAACAUCGUCAACGGCUACGGUCGUGAAGCAGGAUCUGCUCUUGUGCAGCAUAUGGAUGUCGAUAAGGUUGCUUUCACUGGCUCCACCGCUACUGGUCGUGAGAUUAUGAAGAUGGCAGCCGUCAACCUCAAGAAUAUCACGCUCGAGACUGGUGGUAAAUCUCCUCUCCUAGUGUUUGACGAUGCAGACCUCGAUCAGGCAGUCAAGUGGGCACACAUCGGCAUCAUGUCCAAUCAAGGCCAGAUCUGCACAGCUACUUCGCGUAUUUUGGUGCAAGAUGGCGUUUACGACAAAUUCAUCUCGGCAUUCAAGGAGCACUGCAAGGAGACCAGUAUUGUUGGUGACCCGUUCAAGGAGGAUACCUUCCAGGGUCCUCAGGUCACUAAGCAGCAAUACGAGCGUGUUUUGUCUUACGUUGAGGCUGGCAAGUCUGAGGGAGCCAAGCUGAUCUCUGGUGGAGAGCCUUGCAAGCAAGACGGCAAGGGUUUCUUUGUCGCACCUACCAUCUUCGCAGACGUCAAGGAUGACAUGAGGAUCUUCAAGGAGGAGGUCUUUGGUCCGUUCGUGGUCAUCUCAUCGUUCAAAGAUGAGCAAGAGGCGGUCGACAGAGCCAACAACACCACAUAUGGUCUUGGCUCGGCCGUCUUCACUCAGGACAUCACAAAGGCUCACCGUGUCGCACGAAACAUCGAGGCUGGUAUGGUCUGGAUUAACUCAAGCAACGACUCUGACUUCCGCAUUCCCUUUGGAGGUGUCAAGCAGAGUGGCAUCGGUAGAGAGCUCGGCGAGGCUGGUCUUGAUGCCUACACCAACAAGAAGGCCAUCCACGUCAACUUGGGCACCAAGUUGUAA